UAACACACACUGAUUCUCCUCUUCUCUCUCUCUCUCUCUCUCUCUAAACACACUCUAUACAUACAGUGAUACACAUAUACACAAACGCAAGCGUGUUAUAUAGACUGUAUAUAGAAGUACAAAGGUUUUGCUUGAAGAAGAAGCUUGGUGUCUUGAUACAAUCACUGUCUGAUCUCGUUUCUCCCCCAAAGAUCCAAUCUUUUUUUUUUAACCCAAAAAAAAAAAGAUUCAAUCUUUUUAGUUCUUUUGCUUUUGUUUGCUCUGUUUCAAACCUUUCGUUAUUCGUAAAAAGAACAAAGAGCGAUUGUCUGAAAAUGGGUAAGAAAGAUCACGAGGAUCAGAAAGUGGAAUCUGUUCUUCAUCUCCUUUGCAAACAAUCUCCACUUUCUCUGAAACAAGAGAAGUUCUGCGACAAAGACUGUGUGGAGAGGUUCUUGAAGGGGAAAGGAGAUAACGUCAAAAAAGCUGCGAAACAGCUGAGGUCUUGCCUUUCUUGGAGACAGAGUAUCGGAAUCGAGAGCUUGGCGGCGGAGGAAUUCUCGGCCGAGCUCGCCGACGGUGUGGCUUACGUCGCCGGCCACGACGGAGAAUUCAGACCCGUUAUCAUUUUCCGUUUUAAGCAGGACUAUCUCAAGUUGCAUUCCCAGAAACAGUUCACGCGUUUUGUGGCGUUCACGCUCGAGACCGCGAUUGCGACCAUGACCAGAAACAUGGGACAGUUUGUUCUCCUCUUCGACGCGAGCUUUUUCAGAUCAGCCCCAACUUUUACAAAUCUGCUUCUGGCAACCCUUAAAAUUCUCGUGGAGAAUUACCCAUGUCGACUUUACAAGGCCUUCAUCAUCGACCCACCCUCUUUAUUUUCUUAUAUUUGGAAGGGAUUCCGUCCGUUUGUGGAGCUGUCAACGGUCACGGUGGUGGUCUCGUCGCUAGACUACGAAGAGUCGUUAGAUUUCAGCCACGUGUCAACUUUCCCGAGAUCCGCUUCCCUCCGGUUCCAUCCUUCGUCCAUCAAAUCAACGGCCAGGAUCGGUUCGUCUUCUUCCAGAUUCGCCUUCACCGUAUCUCAUCAUCGCGACUCCUUGAAGCCGUGGUACCUCUCCUUCACCGACACGUCACCUCUUCCCGUCACAUCCUCCGCCGCCGGGAAAAUUUCUCCGAUGAGCGCGCGGUCGCUGUCUUUCGCUUCUCCGGCGUAUCGUGGCCUAGACGUGCCACCCCCCGCCGCGUGCAGGAAGAGCCUGUUUCCGUCGACGCCGUUGCCGGAAAAAUCUACGACGGAGUUUCGCCCGAGGACGCCGCGUCCGUCGUUCUUCCAGUCCCCCGCGACUUUCUUCCGCCGGGAGAGCCACGUAAGCGGUGGUGGCGGCGGAGGGGGAGGCGAGAAGGCACGUGAGUCGUUCGUGCCGUAUCUGAAGUUCUACAGGCGACCGUACGAUGAGUUUGGUUACAGGUCUAAGCUGCGGGGCCCACGUAGAUUCCUUUCUGUCGUGUCUCCACAGAUCAGACGUCGCCACGUGUCAGUAUCGCAACGGUUCUAGAUUUAUUUAUUUAAAAAAAAAAAGGCGCAAACGAGGAAUGGAGUAUACGGCGAUAUACCGUGCGAUUACUGAUUUUACUAAUCGGGUGAUUUGUAAUUAUUUAUUUUCUACAAUUAAAUAGUUUUCAAAUUAAUGGGUGCAUGAGUGUUUGUGGGUCCACUAUCAUUGGUUGAUGAACAGAAAUUUAUAAUAAAUUAAUGGAAGAUAAAUGUGUUA